AUGAAAGAUUUGUUACCAGAUGAUGUCGAUGUUAGUAAUAGUGAAGAUGAAGAAGAUGAAACUAGCGAAUCAGUUGACGCUUCAAAGAAAAACAGCAACAUGGACUUUUGUGAAAAUCCUGAAACCAUUCGUGCUCGUCGUGAAAAACAAUUUCAGCAUCGUAUGGCUAAAAAACAUCCGCAAGUUCAGCAAAUACCUCAGGAUACAAAAUCACGUGACGUUGUUGGUGCUCAAAAAGGUCAAGGACAAAGUAAUCAAGUUCUUCGUAACAGGCAAAAUAAAACCACUAAUAAGUCAUCGAGAGCAAAUCAUAAUCGAAAAGCUGGCAGCACAUUUAAGCAGAGUCGCGGAAUGUUUUGA